UAGGGGGAGAGAGAGGGGGAGAGAGAGGAAGAACGCAGCAUAACAUUCCCACCCAGUCCAGCAUGACUGAUCAUAAACUUCCCUUCUAUCGGCGGUGCAGCAGCGACUUGGGUACAGGUUUUUUGAGAGACAGAUAUAUGCAUUGCCUGAUCCUACCCACUGUUUUCAGCGACAGACCGUAGGGUAGGCUAGAAAAGCAUGAAUAUAGAACGCACUGAGGAGCAAAGAGACGGAACGAGAGGACGGUAACGGUCCGGAUAGAAGAGUUGCUUUGACGAGGGUGACGGGAGAGACCCACCAUGUGCAGCUCUCUGAGUCCCAAGCAGCCGAUUGGCCCAGGCCUGACGGAUAUGCAGCAGUACAGCCAAUGGCUGGCCAGCCGCCACGAAGCCAGCCUUUUACCAAUGAAGGAAGACCUGGCCCUAUGGCUAACCAGCAUGCUGGGUCUGGAGAUCACAGCAGAGAGCUUCAUGGAGCGUUUGGACAAUGGCUUCCUGCUGUGCCAGCUGGCUGAGACGCUACAGGAGAAGUUCAAGCAGAACCAGACUCAGAACCAUGGAGAACUGCCUCUAGGCAAUGGAAAGGCCAUCCCAUGCCGGAGGAUCCCGUGUCGUGCCAGUGCGCCCUCCGGGUCCUUCUUCGCCAGGGACAACACAGCUAACUUCCUGACCUGGUGUCGUCAGGUGGGGGUGGGAGAGACCUGCCUGUUUGAGUCUGAGGGACUGGUUCUUCACAAACAGCCACGGGAAGUAUGCCUCUGUCUCCUACAACUAGGAAGGAUAGCAUCUCGGUACAAUGUGGAGCCUCCUGGGCUUAUCAAGCUGGAGAAGGAGAUAGAACAGGAGGAGAAAGUACCUCUACCACCCUCACCUGUCUCUCCCUCCCCAUCCCUCUCUCCCUCCCCUUCUCCAAACCCCCCAACCCCCUCUGCAACCCCCUCUCCAACCCCCUCUCCAACCAAGUGCUUGUCGUCUAGCAAGAAGAGCACAGGGAAGCUGCUGGAUGAUGCUGUGAAGCAUAUCUUCGAGGACCCUCCCUGCAAGUGUCCCAAUAAGUUCUGUGUGGAGAGACAGGCUCAGGGCCGCUAUCGCGUCGGAGAGAAGAUGCUCUUCAUCCGGGUGUGUGUGCCACCUCCUCGUCUUCUUUUUAACGCACUUUCUCUGACACAAAAAAAACACCUUGUUUUUGUAACAUGAUUUUUCUAGUUGCACACGGCUCAACCACGUAGUUAACAGCAGCUGGACUUUAAAUUGGGCUUGGACUGUGCCUGCCAAAAUAUCUUUGACCGAAUGUUUUGGGUUCGGUGGGGUCAAAUCUGAAGUGUUGAAAUCUGGUGUAAAUAAUUUUGCACAUGGCUGGCUUGUACUGUAAGUGAUUUACACUGGGGUUGUGGUGUUUCAUAUUGCUGUGAAUAUUAUAUUGAUACGGCAGAUAUGAAUACGGAUUGUAUGCCCGGCUACAGAAAUACUUACUUAGGUCCAUUGCUCCUCAGUGUCCUCAGGGACCCAUAGACCAUUGAUGACUACAGAUGGCUGUUUAAUGACAGCCAAUUCUGUCCUCAUAGCAAACCCACUCUUUCCUUCUUGUUCUGAGAUUUGAUGAGUCUGAAUUUUAUGAGUCUGGAUUUGAUGAGUCUGAAUUUUAUGAGUCUGGA